GCUGCCCUGGUGCGGAGGUGACCUUAUGCAUUCUGGGAUCCCCCAGCACCUUUCUGUCCGUGCUGCUGGAAGGAGGGGUCCAGAGCCCGGGAAACAUGCUCCUUUGCCUGUCCCCUGCUUGGCUGAUGAAGGUGCCGGCACCUGGGCAGCCGGGCGAGUCGGCCCUGCUGGUCUCCAAGGCCGUGAGCUUCUACCCGGGGGGCUUGACAUUCCUGGAUGACUUUGUCCCCCCACGCCGAGCCACCUACUUCCUGGCGGGCCUGGGGCUGGGACCCGGCCGGGGUCGAGAGGCGGCUGAACUUGCCCGUGACCUGACCUGCCCCACAGGAGCCUCAGCUGAGCUGGCCCGGCUGCUGGAGGACAGGCUGCUGACCAGGAGAUUGCUGGCUCAGCAGGGUGGCGUGGCUGUGCCAGCUACCCUGGCUUUCACCUACAAGCCACCAGCACUGCUGCGGGUAGGGGAUGCCAGCCCAGGACUCCGGCUGGUGGAGCUGAGUGGCAAAGAGGGCCAGGAGACACUGGUGAAGGAGGAAGUAGAGGCCUUUCUGCGCUCCGAGGCCUUGGGUGAUGCCCUGCAGGUGGCCGUGAAGCUCAGUGGCUGGCGCUGGCGGGGGCGGCAGGCACUGCGUCUGUACUCGCGAAAGGAGCUGGGCACAGUGGUCGACAUGGUGCUGGCAUUGCUGGAGAAACUGGAGGAGGAGGAGAGUGUCCUGGUGGAGGCUGUGUGCCCACCUGCCCGGCUGCCCUUCCCAGGCAGUCCCCCACCUGGCCCUGAGCUGGCUGUGCGGAUCUGUGCUGUGGUAUGUCGGACACAGGGUGACAGGCCCUUGCUGAGCAAGGUGGUGUGCAGUGUGGGCCGUGAGGACCGGCCUCUGCGGCACCAGAGCUCCUUGCCACAGACGCUGGAGGUGGCACUGGCCCGGUGCGGCCUGGGUGAGGCGACGCAGGUGGCGGUCGUGCGGCGGCGCGUCAAGGCAGCGGCCGAGGCCGCGCUGGCCGCCGUGCUGGCCCUGGAGGCCGGCCUGAGCGCUGAGCAGCGCGGCGGGCGCCGGGCCCGCACUGACUUCCUCGGCGUAGACUUCGCGCUGACUGUGGCAGACCGCGCGCUGACCCCCGUAGCCCUGGAGCUGAACGGCGGCCUGUGUCUGGAGGCGUGCGGUGCGCUCGAGGGGCUGUGGGCCGCGCAGCGCCCGCAGCCGGCGGCCCGGAAGGCCGCGGCCGCGCCGCUCGUGGAGACCAUGCUGCGACGCUCGGCGCACUGCCUCAUGGAGGGCAAGCAGCUGCUGCUGAUCGGCGCGGGCGGCGUCAGCAAGAAGUUCGUGUGGGAGGCGGCGCGCGACUACGGGCUCAAGCUGCACCUAGUGGAGUCGGAUCCCAACCACUUUGCAUCCCAACUGGUGCAGACUUUCAUCCACUUUGAUGUGACAGAGCACCGGAGGGACGAAGAGAAUGCGCGGCUGCUGGCGGAACUGGUGCGGGCACGUGGCCUGCAGCUCGAUGGCUGCUUCUCCUACUGGGACGACUGCCUAGUACUCACGGCCUUGCUCUGCCAGGAGCUGGGUCUGCCCUGCAGCCCCCCGGCUGCCAUGCGCCUGGCCAAGCAGAAGAGCUGCACCCAGCUGCACCUGUUGCGCUGCCAUGGCCCACCCUGGCCCGCGCCCUCCCUCCAUGCCGUGCCCUGCUGCCCGCUGGAGAGUGAGGCCGAUGUGGAGAGGGCCGUCCACCAGGUGCCCCUGCCGGGUGUCAUGAAGCUGGAGUUUGGGGCAGGCGCAGUGGGUGUGCGGCUGGUGGAGGACGCACCGCAGUGCCACGAACACUUUUCCCGGAUCACCCGCGACCUGCAGGGUGAGGCCGACCACCCCGGCAUCGGGCUGGGCUGGGGGAAUGCCAUGCUGCUGAUGGAGUUCAUUGAAGGCACCGAGCACGAUGUGGACCUGGUGGUCUAUGGUGGGCGACUGUUGGCCGCCUUCGUCUCCGACAAUGGCCCCACGAGGCUGCCUGGCUUCACUGAGACGGCGGCCUGCAUGCCCACUGGGCUGGCACCGGAGCAGGAGGCACAGCUGGUGCAGGCAGCCUUCCGCUGUUGCCUGGGCUGCGGGCUGCUGGAUGGGGUCUUCAACGUGGAGCUCAAGCUCACCAGGGCCGGGCCGAAACUCAUCGAGAUCAACCCUCGGAUGGGUGGCUUCUACCUGAGAGACUGGAUCCUGGAGCUGUAUGGUGUGGACCUGCUGCUGGCUGCAGCUAUGGUGGCCUGCGGCCUGCGGCCUGCCUUGCCCACCCACCCACGCGCCCGUGGCCACCUGGUGGGCGUCAUGUGCCUGGCUUCCCAGCACCUUCAGGCUCUGAGUUCCACCGCCAGCCGUGAGACCCUGCAGGCUCUUCAUGACCAAGGCCUGCUGCGCUUCAAUUUGCUGGAGGAGGUCCUGGUGCCCGGUGAAUACGAGGAGCCCUACUGCAGUGUGGCUUGUGCUGGGCCCAGCCUGGCUGAGGCUCGUCUCCGCCUGCUGGGCCUCUGCCAGGGUCUGGGCAUCGAUGGGCCCCACUACCCUGUUGCCCACUUCCUGUCCCACUUCAAAUAGUGCCUCUCUCCUUAUAGCCCUGCCCCAAUUCUGGCCUGGCUCACUCGGAGGCCUCAGGUCCGUUCCAGAGUGGCAGGGCCGUUUGACAUUAAGAAAUCCUGGCUUGAGGGCCACAAAAGUAUCUUGCGGGGGCCGCUGGCCCCUUUUGCUGUUAGUCCAUCCCAAAGGCCCCAAUCCUGUCCCAAGACUCUAGCCGUGGAGAAGCAACAGCAGCUGCACACACACACACACACACACACACACACGCACACCUGCCCCAGGGAGGUGAGAGCGGCCCAAACUUAGCCCAUCUUUGUCAUCCCUCCAGGUCUGCCUCUCUUCCUGCAGCCUACAGGAAGACAGACGCUGGCUGGCCCCUGGCCUUGGACAAAUCCUAUGAAAACCUGAGACUAAACCCUGUCCUCUUCCUCUCACCCCUCAUUUAGCAAAUUCCAGGAUCUCUCUAGAGCCUGCUGACAACUUUCGGCAGUGCCCGGCCUGCCUCAUUUGGCCUGAGCGGUAGAAGCAGGUGGCCUGGGGUCAGCAGUAACCAUCUCCUCUCCAGGCAGACACUAUUGCCCCAUUCUACAGAUGAGGAAACAGGCCCAGGGAGGAACAACCAUUGCCACAAGGUCAUACCACCGUAGAUAGAGGAUCAAGGGACGAGAUACAGAUUCAGGUUUCCACUUCUACUAAGCCUCAUGUGCCCACUCGGCUUCUAAACCCCACUCACCUCCCCGCCCUCACUCGUACGUGGCCUUCAGACGAGUGAACGCCUUCUCCCAUGCAGCACGCACCUUCUCCACCAAGCUCUGGUGCUUUGGCCUCUGGCAUAAGUAACAUUGGCAGAGGAGAGUCUACACUCCCUUCCUAAUUCAGGGGAGGCUGUUCUAAUAACUUUGCCUCUGUGCAGCACAGGAGCUGUGGCCAGCUCCAC